CCUUGCAAUUUGCUCGACCCGGCUCGCCGGAGCGGUUCGGCCAGCAAACCCUCGACGACGAUUGGAGUGCUGCUCCGGCGCGGGACUGGGAGCUGUCCCCAAGUGCCGGGGCACACCUCCUGCAGUUGUCGGGCCUCGCACCCACGCGGAAGCACACCUGCCUUCUCUGGACUUUUCUCAAACCCGCGCUUCAGAGCAUCUUUUUUCUAAUUCUUCAACCUGCCUUACUGGUUUCUCGCUGGCAACUGGAACCUCAAGACCUCCCUCUCUUACUCCUCCGGGACCUGAAGCAGCCAAGUCCGAGCCGCGUUACUGCAGGCCACGUCGACUUCAGCCCGAGCCCGGAACGCUUGACCCCUCAAGAUGAGCACCUCUCCCGCCGCUGCAGGCGAGCUGCGGCAGAGACACGCAGCCCCUGCAGGUCCUGGCCAGCCAGUUGUCGAUUCGCAUACAGCCAGUCUCGAGGCUGAAGAGGACAACAACACCGACAAUGGCCCGGAUCAACGACCGCACAAGACGUUUGGGCGUACGCCGGACGGCACAGUCUUCACCGUGCCCACUACCCAUGACAUGGUCUCGCAGCUGCUGGACCCUCGGCAGCCAAAGAACCUCUCGGAUGCAGUCGUGCUUGCCAUUCUGGCUGCCCAUGUUGCCGCCCUCUACCUGCUACCGUCCGCUCUCAAGAGGCCAGCCUUUGCCCUCAUCUUCAUGACCUGGCGUGCUGCGUACAAUGUCGGCAUCGGCGUCCUCCUGCGCCUGCAGUCCAACGAGAAGAGGCUGGUGACCUGGGCGCAGAAGUGGCAGCUCUUUGAGCACCCUUCCACCGGCAAGAACCCGCGGCCUUGGCUGUACGACCUGCUCAAGCGGGAGCUCGAGGCUAAGAUCCCCGAAGACUAUGAGUUUGAGAAAGCUCCUCUCGAGUACAACACCUGGCUCGUCUUCCGCAGACUUGUCGACUUAAUCCUCAUGUGUGAUUUCGUCUCGUACUGUCUGUUCGCGAUCGCGUGUGCACACGUCCCCCCGGCGGAGAAUAUCCUGAUCACGGUCGCCAGGACGGUGCUUGGCUUCUCGCUCGUAGCCUUCAACCUCUGGGUCAAGCUUGACGCCCACCGUGUGGUCAAGGACUACGCGUGGUACUGGGGCGACUUCUUCUACCUGAUCGACCAGGAGCUGACUUUCGACGGCGUCUUUGAGAUGGCGCCUCACCCGAUGUACUCAAUUGGAUACGCAGGGUACUACGGUAUUUCCAUGAUGGCCGCCAGUUACUCGGUGCUCUUCAUCUCCAUCAUUGCCCAUGCGGCGCAGUUCGCCUUCCUCGUGCUCGUCGAGAACCCGCAUAUUGAGAAGACCUACAACCCCCCUGCUCCGCGUCAACGUGGGGAAUCGCAGUCGCAAGGCCAGCUCCCUUUGGCGGAUGGCUCCAAGGCGGACAGCACUCCUCCCACGCAACUCGAUCCGCCUUCGCAAAUCCACAAGAUGCUGGGCCUCAAGAAUUUCGAUUUCUUCAGAACUACCGACUACUCGACGGUCCUGCUCAUCGCCUAUCAGAUAGUGCUUGUCAUUGCGACUCCUCAGACCCCCGUCUGGCAAUUCCUGUUCGUCGCCCAUGCCUUCUUCUGGCGUUUAUGGUACUCGGUUGGACUCGGCUUCAUUCUGCAUCGGCAGUCUAGCGACAAGAUGUGGACUCGCCACUUCGUCAAGUUUGGUGAGAGCACGCUCGAGGGCUGGAGACAGUGGAAGGCCAUGUACCACAUCUCGCAAGUCUUGUGCUACUCGUCCUUUAUCACUGCGUGCUGGAAGAUGUACUCGGUCCCGACUGACUGGAACUACGGCUUCGCGCUGCUCCGCCAUGUCCUCGGUGUCGGGCUGACAGCACUGCAUAUGUGGACUGCCAUCAGCAUCUACGAGUCGCUUGGAGAGUUUGGCUGGUUCUUUGGCGAUUUCUUCUUCGACCAUGGCAACAAACUGACUUACCAGUCUAUCUACCGCUUUCUCAACAACCCCGAGCGCAUCAUUGGCACCGCGGGACUUUGGGGUUCUGCGCUUAUCACGUGGAGUCGUUCCAUCUUUCUUCUCGCUCUCACAAGCCACAUCCUUACUUUGGCCUUUCUGCAGUUUGUCGAACAGCCACACAUGCAGAAGAUCUAUGGUCGCAAGCUGAGAGAGGAAGCUGGUCUGACCAAGUUUUUCAAAAAGUCAAUGCCGCCGUAUGUCAAGGAGUGGUCCUCGAGCGUGAACAAGGUCGUGGAUGGAACAUCCCAUUUCGUCGAAGAAUUCCUCGAUGCCGCGCGGCCGAAGCUUGCGGCUGGUGUUUCUACGAUUGUGAGAGACACGACUGCGCUCUUCAACAACUACCCGGCCCGGCUCACACUGACGACUCUGUCACCCGAUCUCGCCGGACUCAACCCCAAGCACUACUCUGUGACGGUCGAAGGAGAAUCCUCUAGUCUGUCUGCCCUAAAUGAGCGUGCUAGCGGCAAAGAGGGCACCUCUGGUCGAUUCCCGAACGAGGCGAACACCAUGAUCUUGGAGUACGGGGCCCCCAUCAAGGUCAAGUGGACGGCUCCCGCGAAUCAUGGCAAGAAGGACUGGAUCGGACUGUACAUGGUUACCGACAACCGCUCGCGUGACGUCAGCGAGGUUUCCUCAUUGGGACGCUGGGUGCCGACCACUCCGAAUCAAUACGAGUCCAUCACGGCCGACCGCGGUAUUCUCAUCUCGGAACAACCCUGCACGACAUCAGAGCACGCCGAUGUCGAUCUUAUUCAAGGCGAGAUAGUGUUCUCUGGAGACAAGCUGUGGUGGACGCAAGGUGUAUUUGAGUUCAGAUACCACCACAACGGCAACCACAACGUCAUGGCCAUCUCACAGCCAUUCGAGAUCCAGAUCUCGAGGUUCUACGAUGAGGAGGUCGAGGUACACUCGGACGGACUGUUCCAGAAAUCGAUCGAGUCCGCGCUGUUGCCUAUUGUUCAAAAUUGCCUGGACCGAGACCCAGACAUUGCACCCAACGAUCCUCAGGAGUCGUUUGGCAGCUUGGUUGCGAGGGAUGGCAAGUACGCCAAGCGGCUGGUGUACGCCAUCCGCCAGAUGUUUGGCAUAGACUUUGCGCCUGCGGUGGUUCCUGCGGACGGGAAUGUGCGGAACUUGGCGUGGAGAAUAUGCAACGCCAAGCAAGUACUUGCGCCGUAUAGCAUGUCUCAAUCGCGAGGUACAACAACACCGGCGGCCGAGAAAAGCCAGUAAGGGUCUGUGAAGUUUUUGCAGUACGCGUCAACCUCGGACCUUCAUUAGACAACGUAUAGAGACGCAAAAUCAAACGAAAAGUCUGCUCUUGA